AUGCAAAAGAGAGUACAAUCCUCUGCACCCAAUCACCACAACAGUAUCAUUGGUCCUCAGUAUCGUGUUCCUCAUUAUCUUGACCUAUCAAUUAUAAGAAAGGUUACAACAUUAACUGAUAACUUCACGGUCACAGAUAUUAAUGGCAAAAUCUUUUUCAACCUUGAUGCUUCUCUCAUCUCUCUUUAUGAUCAUCGUCUCUUACUUGAUGCCACCGGAAAAUCCGUCGUCAUGACUCUUCGACGAAAGGUAGUGAAAGGACACGAUCGAUGGGAAGCUUUUCGAAGGGAAAGCACGGAGCAUAAAGAUUUAAUAUUUAGUGUAAAGAGAUCACUCAUGUUUCAAACAAAGAUCAAAUUAGAUGUGUUCUUAGCUAAUAACAUCAAAGAAGAGAUAAGUGAUUUUAAGGUCAAAGGAAGUUGGUUUGAACGAUCUUGUGUUGUUUAUGCUGGUGAUUCUCAUAACAUUGUUGCACAAAUGCAUAAGAAGGACACUGUUCAAGGAGUUGAGUAUGGGAAAGAUAAUCUCAUGGUUAGAGUGUAUCCUAAUGUUGAUUAUGCUUUCAUUGUGGCAGUGAUUUUGAUUCUUGAUGAAAUUAAUCAAGACAAAAUAAGACAAUAA